AUGGAAGAUCAACAUUCAUCGAAGAGAGUAAAGACACUAUUUUCAUUCUUUAAAAAGACCGGCGGUCAAUCUAGUGAAAGUAUAUCUCCGAAAAUUGAACACCCCUCAGCCUCAACUCCCAUGCAACAUCCUCCAAAUCCUGCUCCAGAAAUUCAACAUUCGUCAGUCUCAACUCCAGAAUUGCAAUCAUGUACUAGUAUUGAAUGGGAUCUGGGAAAAAGAAAGCAAAUGUUUGAACAUCCUGCCAAUCUACGAGAUGAGAUUAGAAUUGCAUAUAUAAAAGUUGGACCUUAUCAGUUGAAGCUUGAGGAGUAUCCAAGGGUAGAAGGAAAAAAACAAGCUCGUCGCUUUCAGAAAAAAUGGUUCACAGGAUUUCCAUGGUUGGAGUAUUCUUCUAUAAUUGAAAAGGCAUAUUGCUUUUACUGUUUUCUUUUUCAGAAAGAGGGUAAUUCUUCUGCCUGUUCAGGAUUGGUUACUGAAGGAUAUAAUAAAUGGAAGAGGGUGAAAGAUGGAAAUAAAUGUGCAUUUCUUGUUCAUGCUAAUUCAGCAUAUCAUAAACCGUGUGAGACUAGAGCUAAAGAUUUAAUCAAACCGUCUCAGCAUAUUGACAAGGAAGUUGGGGAUGAAUGCUUUUGCAUUCUUGUUGAUGAAGCACAAGAUGCAUCUAAUCGAGAGCAGAUGACCAUUAUCUUGAGGUUUGUGAAUAGUCACGGUAGUUCGAUAGAAUGUUACUUUGCAAUCCAAAGAGUUAGUGAUAUUACUUCAUUGAAUCUCAAAAAUGAAAUAUGUGAUGUUCUUGCUCAAUAUGAACUUCGGGUAAACAAAAUGAGAGGACAAGGGUAUGAUAGCGCUAGUAACAUGCGAGGUGCUUUGAAUGGACUUCAAGCAUUGUUUCAUAGAGAUUGUCCAUGUGCAUACUAUGUCCAUUGUUUUGCUCAUCGAUUACAGCUAACAUUGGUCGCGGCAGCUAAAGAAGUCCAUGUCAUUUGGAACUUUUUUUCUCAUUUGGACAAGAUUGUUAAUGUUAUUACUUCUUCUCCUAAACGAGUUACUGAGUUGCAAUUUUCUCAUAGAGAGAAAAUUCAAUGUAUGUUGGAUACCGGGGAGCGUGAAUCUGGAAGUGGGGCUAAUCAAAUGGUUAAUCUGCAAUGA